AUGAUUGCUGGUACUGGAAUCCCACGCACGGGAAUUGACUACUUGGUGAAUGGUAGCGAGCUCUGUGACCGGAUAUUUACGUGUGGUGUAUGUGUACAAGUAUCAGAGACCGUAACGACGACGACGUGCUGUUCAUUUACGUUAUGUGAGGACUGUGUUGGACAACUGGUACGCAAUCAAUGCCCCAAUUGCCGGGCGCGCCGGGUUAAGUUGGCCCCGAAUCCGAUUGCCAAGCACAUGCUACAGUUGUUUGAGUAUGCGUGCGAGGUGUGUGAUACAACCCUCAAUCCCGUCACCGGGAUAUCGCAUAGGUGCAGUACGCAGGCAGACCCAACGGGUUGUUUGCAAUUGGUUCACACACCUGAGCGUAAGCGUCCAGCUAUUUUGAAGAUUCAGUACUCGCCGGGUAGCGGUGAGUCGGUACAACCACCCACCAACCCCAUCGUUGCGCAGUAUGCUACAGUGGUUCCUAGAGACAGUGUAAACAAGGCACUAUAUAACGACGACAACGUUAAUUGCACCAUCUCGUAUACACCUGUCGUGGCGACCCGAAUUGCGGUGUCGAGUAGCGAGACGACUACUGUUGCUGCCACCCGUUCCAACCAAGCCCCAUAUGUUAACGACCAAGUCCCAAGCACCCAACAGGUUCAUAUCAGUCGCCACGGUACGAUUGCAGAUACAACCGGGGUUAACGUACACCGUGGUUACCAGAUAGCGGGUACAACUCGGACCAAG